AUGCCACUCACGAUACUCUCAGACUCCGCCAUCCAAGAGCUAUUGCUCUCCCUCAACCGGCAGGAUAUACUCAAUCUACAACAGUCACUGGCUGACGCCCUGCACCACUACUCUACUGCUACCGAUACCCAGGACAAUGGCUGCUGUCCAGCAUACCAACCGCAGCGAACAUCUCUACGGCGUAAGGAUGGAUCUACGACGCUCUUCAUGCCCGCAAGCAGCAACGACGGACUGGGGAUCAAGGUUGUGACGCUGAGCACUCCUGACGACACCAGCUUGGCCAAGUCACCCUCGAUGCCAUCUGUCGACUCGCUCUCUGUAUCCUCAUCGUCUGCCGCCUCCACAUCCGCCAGCUCAUACUCAACAGCCGGCUCCUCUACAACCGCUAGCUCCUCCACCACAGCCGUCACCAACCCCCUCAGCCCUACCGCCAGCAAGACCAGCGCAGCGUCGGGCUCAACCUUAGACUCAGCCGCAACCACCACCCCCCGCGGCUCCCUGACCCUCUUCGACUCAACCGGCAGCCCGCGCGCCCUCAUCAACGCCGAAGAAAUCACCGCCUUCCGCACCGCGCUCGCCUCCACCAUCCUCUUCCGUAAGCGACACAACGUGCACGAACUGAGCGUCUUCGGCGCCGGCAAGCAAGCCUACUGGCACAUCCGGCUGGCGGUCAUACUGCGCGGCUCCGAGAUCCACCACCUGAACGUCAUAAACCGCUCCUUCAGCCGCGCGCACGCCCUCCUCGACAGCAUCUGGCCUCUAGACGUCCCCUCGGACACUUGGGGGGUCCCGAAGCCCAAGACGGUUAGCAUCCUGACCCCCGGGCACAGGGAGUACGACCGCCUGUUGAAAGAGAAGCUGCGAGCCUCGAGCGUUAUUUUCACGACGACGCCAUCCCUCAAGCCGCUGUUCCCACGCGAGAUCCUGACGAGCACCGAAGGCCGCAAGAAGGGUCGCUACAUCGCGGCCAUCGGGAGCUACAAGCCGCACAUGCUGGAGCUGGACCCCGAGAUCCUGCGGCAGGCCGUGCACCAGUCGGACCACAAGCACCACCACCAUCGGCACGCGAAGAGCGGCGGGGCCGUCGUGGUGGAUAGCGUGGAGGCGUGCUUGAAGGAGGCGGGAGAGGUGAUUCAGGCCGGGUUGGAGGGUCAUCAGGUCGUGGAGCUAGGGGAGCUGGUGAUGCUGAAGAGGGAUAUGGAGGCCCGGAGGCGGGGGUCGAGUUCUACGGAGGGCUCGGCGGAGGGAGUACAGGCGAAGGAGGAGCAUGGGGAUACGGGGUUGCGGGACUGGUUGGAGAGGGGAAACGUGAUAUAUAAGAGCGUUGGGCUGGGAUUGAUGGAUGUGGUUGUUGGAGGGGAUUUGGUGGGUUUGGCGGAUGAGAGAGGGGUGGGGACGAGGAUUAAGGAUUUUUGA